CUGCCCCGGCCCUGCCGCGCGCUGGUGCGGCUGACCCCGCAGAGCGGCGCCGGCCGCGCACUCGAGGACUUCCAGGCGGUGGUGCAGCCCAUGCUGGCCGAGGCCGACAUCGCCACCACUGUCUUCAUCACCGAGAGGCCCCACCACGCACACGAGAAGGUGCGGGAUGAGGACCUGUCGCAGUGGGACACGUUGGUGGUCAUGGCCGGGGAUGGGCUGCUGUACGAGGUGGUGAACGGGCUCAUGGAGCGGCCGGACUGGGAGGACACCAUGAAGAAGCCGCUGUGCAUCCUGCCGGGGGGCUCCGGGAACGCCCUGGCCGCCUCCAUCAACCACUACGCAGGCAACGACCACGUCGCCAAGAAGAAGCUGCUGACGAACUGCACCUUCAUCCUGUGCAAGGGGCUGCACACGCAGAUGGACCUGGUCUCGCUGAGCACGGCCUCAGGCAAGCGCCUCUUCUCCUUCCUCGGCUUCGGCUGGGGCUUCAUCUCAGACGUGGACAUCGACAGUGAGAAGUACCGCCGGCUGGGCAACGCCCGCUUCACCCUGGGCACCCUGCAGUGCCUGGCCAAGCUGCGGGUGUACCAGGGCCGCCUCUCCUCCCUGCCCGCCCACCAGCCACAGCCAGAACGCCGCCGUGAGUUACGUGUGCAGCGCGCGCUGCCCUGCCUGCGGCUCAAAGCCCCUCUCCGCAGCCCGGACGGGGGUCUGCCGCGCUGCCAGACCUCCUGCCUGCUGGCCAGAGCCAUCCACCCGCGGACCAGUGCUUGGAGAGCUCCGCAGGCCCAGGUCUUCGCUCACAGCCAAGCCCUGCUUCCUCCGGAGCACCGGGAGCAGGACACGCUUCCAAAGUCCUGGCAGCGGACAGUGACACGAGAAGGGCUUUGCACGGCCAGCCCCUGGCUCCGGAGCGUCCCAGGGGCAGCUGGAGACAGCGGGCGCAGGGAGCCGGGUGGGGGGAACGCGGGUGCAGACCCUGGUGUCUCGAGGAGCAGAAAGCACCGCGCAAGUGGGCCGAGAUUCGCCUGCUGGUCUCCCUUUCGAAACGAGAAGGCCAGAUCCUGGCUCGGGCUGGGGGAAGGGAACGCAGCUACAUCGAGCAAGAGCAAAGGAGAGUUUUGUGCUAGCUGGAAGGACCAACGGACUCUCCCUGACAGACCGUGCUCCACAUGGACGCUAAGUGGGUGCUUCUCCAAUGCCUAA